AUGUUCGUCAAAAGUCUCGGUAGUGUUCUGGCUGCUCUUCUGCUUGUAUUUUUACCAUCGUCAACAGUUUCUGCACAAGCCCGAAUUGUUGGUGGGGAUACGAUUCCCAUUGCCAGUGCUCCAUAUUUACUUCAAAUUUGGAAAGGCGAUAAAUUUAUUUGCGGCGCAUCUUUGAUCAAGGAUAACAUAGCGUUAACAUCAGCUGGUUGUGUUUCUGGCGUCAAAGCCACAGACAUCGAAGUAGUUGGUGGAGCCGACACUCUCAGUGAUGCGGGUGUAAGAAGCAAAGUCCUGAAGAUUUCCCGACAUUCCUCCUAUACUGAGAAGACCCCCAAAAUGGAUGUGGCUGUUAUGCUGUUGGAAACACCAUUGGAAGGUGAUGAUAUUGCCACAAUUCCGUUGAAUGAUGUUCCCCUUAAGGCCGGCCAAAUAAUGCAGGUCUCAGGAUAUGGUCAAAAGAGUGAAUUUGCUAGCAAACCUACAGGAGAGAUUCGCACCAUAUUUGUACCCAUACUAACACGUGCCAACUGUGCAAAUUAUUACAAGAGUGUCUUGAAUCCUUUACCCGGAACAAUGUUUUGUGCCUCUAAGCCCGGUCUGCAAGAUCACUGCGUUGGUGAUAGGGGUGGUCCUGCUGUCUCCAAUGGCAAAUUGUGUGGCAUUGUGUCAAGAGCCGUUGGUUGUGCACGCGUUGGCUUUCCUGGUCUUUAUGUUGGUACCUUUGCUGUCACUUCGUUUAUUAAUGAAGCCAUAGCCAACUUGGAAGCUUAA